GUAAGUCCUAUUUCAGAAAUAAAAACAUUUAAGUCUUAUUUUGCUAUAUCUUCCAUGUCUUUUUUCUUUAUUCAAUGGAAGGUCAAACUAAAUUGGAUGGGAGUAUUUCGAGUAAAAACACGAGUCGGAAAAAAGGAAAAUGAAGAGAGAAAAAAGAGAAAAGCGACCAAGAGAGGCGCCGAUUUAACUGCCGCCGAUCAGCCAUGGAUAGAAACUUGGAGGUUGCUUCAAUUAAGAAGAAAAACGCAAGGAGUUCCACUAGAGAGACAAAAAGGGGGGGAAACAGAGGAUUAGGGUUAGAGAGAGAUAGAAGCCGAAAGACGAGGCCCGUGGAUAAAAAGUCCAUUACAGUCAGUGUGGAAAUAGGUUCCCGAACGCCAAAUGUGCUUCGUCUGGAUGGGUUCAAAUCUUCCGAUACCAUUAGCGACGUCAAGGUGCGGGCCUGCCAGACAGCAAAGGACCUUGGUUUGGGUCCACUUAAGUGUUGCAUUAGAUCAAUGAUGUCUCUAGAAGGACGGCAUUUGGAGGACAACCAGACUCUAGCAUCUUUAUUCCGCCGUGGCUGCUCAGACUCGUCUCUCUUCUUGUUUUACUUCCCAGGCGUGGCUAAAGAUAUCAUAGAAGAGCCCAUGGAGGAGAUGCGCUGGUUGCGGAUCUGUAAGCUUGUGCGGUUUAGUGAGGAGGCACACGAGAACAACUGGGUUGAUGAAGAGGAGUACUACAAGGGCAGCUACGACGAGGACGAUCCAGUCUCGAUUGAAAAGAGGCCAAAAUUCAUUCAUGCGCCGCUCCCAUUUGCUCAGGUUCCAAACCUAUGCACUCAUGGAAGAUAUGAGUUGCUGGACAUCUUGCGGAGACCCAUUUCAUUUUCUAAGAUCAGGCACACCCACUGUGUCGCUACCGCUGCAUCUGUUGUCCUUUUGGCGCUGAAUGAUCGGAUUCUGAAGGACCUGGUGUCCUUAAAUACGAAGCCUGAAUACCUUGUGAUUCGUGUGAGUUGGGACAAAUUGUCUUACGUAUUUGUCAGGGUAUUGAGGGAAUCAAACGCUGACAUUCCCAUUGUUGCUGUCACUGACCUUGACCCCCACCACCUGGACCUCCUGACCUUCCUUGACACACCUCCCGACUUCUUGCCUAGCUGCUAUGGGUGGGAUCUCACCAGAGACUUUGGACAAGACGUGUGUGCUAGUAGCAUUGAUUUUGUGGACAUCAAGUGGCUUGGGCUGAGGCCUUUUGACUAUCGGCCACACCACACUUCUUCUGAUGGCGCUUCCCGUUGUCCUGGCUUUGACAAGGUCAUUCGCAUGCUCAGGGCCAAUCCUUUUCUCCGUAGGAAGAAAGAGUGGUUAGAAGCAUUGGAUUGGCUUGACUUGUUUGGUAAGUGUGUGUCAUUACAUCUUCUGGCUCCUCCAUUAGAUCCUAAUGAUAGUUCCAUCUUUUUGGGGGAUGAUUACCUCUCUAAGAAAGUAUCCGAAAAAGAUUGGGCUUAAGUAUAACUGCCGUGGCACUAAAUGCUUCUGUGUAUC